UGCACAUCUGAGUGUUCAUGUUAUGCAAAUAUGGCUGACCGCCAGUGAUUUUUGUUUCUCUCUCUUUUCUUUCUUUCUUUUUUUUUUUUUUUUUACAGAAUGCGGGAGAGGGACCUACAGAGCAUGUGCAGAAGGGUGCUGCUGCUGACCGUCUGUAUGGUGUCUCUCUGGGGACAACUGACCAGUACAUCGUCACACAGAAGCCACAUAGUUCAUGUGAAAGCGGGAACCUGUGAGGUAAUUGCUGCACACCGAUGCUGCAACAAGAACAAGAUCGAAGAGCGAUCCCAGACCGUCAAAUGCUCCUGCUUCCCUGGACAGGUGGCGGGAACAACAAGAGCGGCUCCAUCUUGUGUAGACGCAUCCAUAGUUGCACAGAAGUGGUGGUGCCAGAUGCAUCCCUGCAUGGAUGGGGAAGAGUGUAAAGUGCUGCCAGACCUCAAAGGAUGGAGCUGCAGUACAGGAAACAAAGUUAAGACAACCAAGGUGCCAGAGCUUGGGUGUGCGAUGCAGCAGCUGCAGCAGCAGGCUGCCUCUGAUCUGUGUGACCCCCAGAGAGGGGUCCAGGGGCCUGGCUGCCUGUGGCGAAUACAGAUCAACCACCUACAUGUCCUGAACCCUGCCCUCUCCACUCAUUACCUCUCACAUUCACUUACCAGGGGGAGGUGGGGAUACCGAAUAAACCUCCCGUUCGACACAUUUGGUGACUUCUAA